AUGUUAAAUCAUUUAUUUAGAAACAAAAGGCACGAAAUUUUUCAGCAGAAGCAGCCUAGUGAAGCAGUGAUCUUAGUUGAUCAGAACGCUAUCCUCCGAGAGAUCUCUUCUUUCCAGUCGAGCACCAUGAAGGAGAAGGUAAUGGCUGAAGGCAUUCCGUUUCUUCCGGAAGAAAUCAUCAGAGACAUUCUCAUACGACUUCCGACAAAAUCGCUUAUCCGAUUUCGCUGUGUGUGCAAACGGUGGAGGAAUCUCUUCAAGACCCCAUCUUUUGUCCAAGAACACCUCAAUCACACCAGUCAAAAUCCUUCUCUUCUUCUCCAACGGAAUGACUUAUGGUUGCUCGAUCGUGAGAUGCGACUCAAGAAAGUUGAUAACGCACCUUUAAUCGAUUCCUCGAAUACCUUUCGAGUCGUCGGUUCCAGCAAUGGAUUGCUUUUAGUCGGCAUUUGUAAUAGAUUUCCUUGCUUUUUAGUGUGGAAUCCAGCGACUAGAGAGGUCAGACCGGUGUCCUCUAUUACGGUGCAGUCUGAAGAUAGCCAUAGACCUCGCAGUGCAGGAUUUGGCUUCAGUCCAAUUCUUAAUGAUUAUAAGAUAGUGGUCCCUUAUGAUUCUAGUUAUCCUUUUGAUGUUUUGGUGGUUGUAGUGUAUUCACUGAGGUCAGGGUCAUGGAAGAAAGCAGAAUAUGGGAUCAAGAACGUAAGUUUUAGUUCUGAAAGCAUCACUGUUAAUGGAUCCAUGUUUUGGUCUGGGCUUGCGUGGAAGCAAGAUACAGAUACUUAUGACGUUGUGGUACUUUCAUUUGACUUAGCAAAUGAAGUGUUUACUUUCAUACCAACACCUGAUUGGAAUACUUCAUCAAUUAGUUUUGCUGCGUAUGAGAACAAACUUGCUGUGCUUUCUUCUCCUGCUUUGCAAGACGUGGGUGAAUUGUGGGUCAUGGAGGAUGGUACAGGUUUAUCUUGGGCCAAGAAAUAUAGUUACUAUCUCUUACCAAGAUUGGUACGUCCGGUGACUAUUUGGAGGAAUCAAAUGGUUUGUGCUGAUAUUGUUAUUCGUGAAGAUGAACAUCAAGAGUGGAAUCAUGAACAAAAAAUUUCUCUGAUAAAUAUCACCACCAAUGAAUCAAAGACGUUUGAUAUCAGCAAAUGUGGUAAUGAUCUCAAUCUACGUGAAUUUAUUUUCAACUACACAGAAAGCCUUGUACCAAUUGGAGGAAAGAAAUUGUGUGCGCUAUUUGUGAAAUGA